AUGGAGCCACCAAAUAUUCUUUCAAGCAUUCCUUUUAAGCAAAGUCCUCUUAAUCCUGGAGAAUUAAACUUGACUCAUUAUUGCAUGUCUUUCCUAUUGUCUAUACCUUGGAAUGAUAUUAGUGUAACCGGAUUCGAGUACCUGGCAAAGAAGUAUCGGUUAGACGUCUUUUCGGACACAUCAAAUCCCAAUGAAGUGUUACUUAGCCUUGCAGGGAAAAUUAUUCUCAUCGAUGUAAUUAUCCCAACCCAUGGAACGUAUAGAGAUAUAAGGAUUGCUUUGGCUUUUGCUGAUGCUACAGGUGAACAGUACAAGAAUACGGGUGCAGAAGAGAUUUUACUGAGCGCCAUUCACGAAAACAAUACGACCUUGUUGGAACGAAAUGUUGCUUUGUUAGCAAUGCUUGAUCGCUGUUCACCAUCUGUUCAACAGAGUUGUUUUCAAUAUUUGGAAACUUUGAAAUCUACAUUUAGUUUAAUUUAUACUUCUAGAUUAAACACUCAGGCAUUUAAUGAUGAGACGGAAAUUAUAAUGAGCGCAGAGGGAAAACCUUUGAACGACAAUGACGGGAACUUAGGACUUCAAUUGGCUUUUUGGAAACAUCAAGAUUUUUUAUAUACUGCGAAAAUAUCUAUGAAUGAAUUGCCUUCAAAUUCCUUACCAUGCGCCCUUUAUGGGUCUAAUUUAGUUGCUGAGACGCCCUUAAAGACUUCAGGUGAAGUCAGCUGGUUACCGGAAACAACUAUGACACAAAUACCAGCUACUAUGGAGCUUCUUUUUGAGGACUAUCACAUAGUGUUUCCAGAAUUUGGUGUACAAUCAUUACUCGAUUUUCUUCAAAUCACCGACUUAGAUUUAUCUGAAAACUUUCUUCCCUACAAAACAUUGCUCAAUCUCCCGAAUCAAACGACUGCGGGCUAUCCGUCUAUGAACAAAAGCCAUAUUAUUUACCUGGGAGGAAUUGACAUUCCUUCUCGCUCUGUCCACAGGAUUCCCUACAGUCAUCCUCGGCAAAUUCUUGGUAUUUUCCAAUAUGUUCGCCAAUACCUGACAUUGCAGACUAUUUUCGAAAAUGUAAAACUCUCCUCUACAAGAAUUACCGCUACAGCCUCUCUACGUUUAAACCUGAUUAUGAAGCAGUAUCCUGUGAUUCAUAUUCAAUAUCAAGAGUUGAAUAAACUUUCGAACGUGGAUCCAGUCAUCGCCAAUGUUUCAGUCCUUCCCAAUGGUAUUGUUCAAUUAAACUCCAUUGCAUGUGGAAAUACUCCUAUAAACGAGGACACUGCUUUAAAAAUACAAAAAAUGCUUCAAAAAACUCUAAACAUUGGCCUUGUGCUAGAGUUUGCUAUACCAAAGUUGUUCAACAAUCAAUAA